AUGUCCCAUAAAGACUCCAAAAUGAAAGAUGCCGACAAACACAAACCUGGUGAAACGCACACCAAACUUCGCAGCAAGUCUUUAUCAAUGAGAAGAGAAUCUUGUGACAUCCCCACAGAGAGUGACUUCAAGUUUAAACGUCGUCCUUCGUUACCAACAUCCCCGUGGGGUCGCCGGAGAUCGUUUUUGUCGACUUCAAUGAUGUCUAAUGAAACGCACUCUGUAUACGAAGUGUCAUAUUGCUUUAACCAACCUCCUACGUUUAUAAUGGGACUUCAAGAAAGCCAGGGAUUUGUGUGGAAUCAAGAUCUAUUUGCUUCUCAGCAUCAGCAAGCCAAAUCUGUAAGAUUGAACAGAAUUUUGCGUCGCCAUUCUAGUACGGGCCAUAACGUUGUCAAUUCCAGAAUUUCCCCAUGCGUGCCGUUGGAUGAAGAUCCUUUUGAAGAAAGUGAUCAUGAAGGGAUUAGGGUGUCAGAGGUCGUCAUAAACAACGAAUCUAGCGACUCGGAAAACGAAGCAACAGCUACUUAA